AUGUCUCGGCGUGGAUUUCCGGCGCACCGGGAGCGUUCCCCCGAGAAUUUUGAUGGGCGCAGUAUUCGCCCAAGAACAGAGAACCGUAUGCCCUUCGCGGAGCUGGGAGCACCCGUGGUGCAGUGCGUGGACGGAAUGUCAGAGGAGGCACUCUACGCCGCGAUGUGCCCCAACGAUGGAGAGCCACUGCCCCCCGGCUGGGAGAAGGUUGUGUAUCACGGCACCAUUGUUUAUCUCGAUCAUGUGGCACGUGAAGCGCAUGAAGUGAGGCCAUGGGAAGUGUGGCAGCGGCGCUCAGAGGCGGCAAAAUAG